AUGGCUCAUCAGAUCGGUCUGCCUAGAUUUGGUUCUGAUCAUGUCCCCAUCUGUCUUGAACUCCGAAAUCAUGUCUUCAAGCCUUCUCAGUUUAAAUUUGAAAGCUCUUGGUGCUUGACGGAUGAUUUGCAAGAAAAAAUCAAAUGUUGGUGGGAGGAGCAGUGUUUUGCUAAGCACUCUUUUAGUUCCAUCCGGGAACGUAAGAGGCAUCUUCGGCACUCUCUUGAUGAGCUGGACAUCAUUCGUGAGUCUAGACCCCUGAGUGCUGAGGAACUUCGCAGUGCUGACUCGCUCUCGCUGGAGCUUUCUUUAACCCUGAGGCAGGAAGAGUUUUACUGGAGGCAACGCUCUAGGGUUAAAUGGCUUCGGGAAGGGGAUGCGAACACAAAGUUCUUCCACUCUGUUGCUAAUGGCCGCUGUAACCACAACCAUAUUGCCGAGGUUGACUUUGAAGAUAAUUCUGUAAAAGGGGAUGCUGACAUCGGGAGGAUAUUUACGACUUUCUUCCGCGGGCAGUUUGGCACCAAGCGUGAUUUUCGUUUUCUUAUUGACUGGAAUGUCCUGCUUGCAAAUAAACCUAGGAUUAACCUGGAGGAUCUGAAGACCCCCUUUUCGAGUGAGGAGAUUUUUGCUGCUAUCAGCAAGUUGGGCGCUGAUAAGGCCCCUGGCCCGGACGGUUUUCCGAUUCUAUUCUUCCGUAAAUACUGGCAUAUCCUGAAGACCGACCUCUGCAAAAUAGUCAUUGAUAGGUUAGUGGAUCAUUCGCAAUCCGCCUUCAUUAAGGGAAGAUCUAUCUUAGACAAUGUGGUGGCUGCUGAAGAAAUCAUUUUCGGCCUGCAGCAACGGGGACUGGGGGGAAAUGUUGUGAAGGUCGACUUUGCUAAAGCCUUUGAUAUGGUGGAUUGGGACUUUCUCCUUGAGAUGUUGGAAGCCAGGGGUUUUGGGACCCGGUGGAGGCAAUGGAUCGCCAGCUUGCUUCGCUCCUCUAAAUCUUCCAUCCUUAUCAACGGUUCCCCGGAAGGUUAUGUUAGGUAUCAACGUGGGUUGCGUCAGGGGGACCCGCUGUCGCCCCUUCUUUUUGUGCUUGCGGCCGAUGAUCUGAGCACUAUGUUUAAUCAGGCACUUGAUUCUCGUGUCUUCUUUGGGGUCCCACUUGGUAAUCAGGGUCAUGCUUGCCAUCUUCAAUACGCGGAUGACCUAAUUAUCUUAACUGCUGGUGGGGCAGAGGACCUUAGGAUCAUUAAGUUAAUCCUUGGUCUCUUUGAAGAUGUCCUCCCGAUCUCCUAUAUGGGUGUCCCUAUUGCUGGGAGGAGGCCACGUAGACAGGAUUGGGAGGUCCUCAUCCAUAAAAUCCAUGUUAGGCUUACCUCUUGGAAAGCGAACUUUUUUUCUUUAGGUGGCAGGCUUACACUUAUCAAUUCUGUACUUUCUGCACUACCUACUUAUUGGAUGUCGAUUUUCCGUCUGCCUAAGUGGGUUUCCAGCAGGAUUGAUCGUAUUAGGAGAGAUUUUCUCUGGUCUGGACCGGAUAUUGACCAUCCUAAGUGUCAUCUUGUCAGUUGGCAGAGAUUGUGCCUCCCUCGUGAGCAAGGGGGUUGGGGCAUCAUCAAUCUUGUUGAAUUUAACAGUGCCCUUCUUGGGAAAUGGUGGAACCUGUUUUUGUCUCGCCAUCGUCGGUGCUCCUUCUUUUGGCAAGGUCUUUACCAAUCCCUGGAGGCUUUUACCGCCUGCCUUCAGUCUGUGGUUGUGAACGGGGAAUCCACGCUUUUCUGGCUCGACAAUUGGAUGGAGGGUUGCGCGCCCAGAUUCCGCUGGGGUGAUGAGUUUCGAUUGGCUGCCAACUCUUGUCGCACUAUUAAGGAGAUUCUUGGGAACCUCCUCUCGGGGGAUAUGUCUCAGGACCCGCUCCUGAUUGCUGCUAGAUCCAAUCUCUCCCCCUCCUCUGGGACGGGUGAUCAGGAUCAGAAGUCCUGGAAACUGACGGUGGACGGCUUUUUCACUGUUAAAUCUUUUUAUAGAUUCCUAAUCGACCGGGGAAAGCGAUGCAAAAUCACUCCGUUGAUCCUUGAGUGCUUUGUCCCCCGUAAAAUCUCGGUCUUCUGUUGGCUUGUUUGGGAUAAGAAGAUCCUCAUGCUGGACAAGCUGUUUAGCAGGAGAUGUAAUUUCUCCUCUACGGCAACGUGCCUUCACUGCUUCUCGAAUAUUGAGUCGGUGGACCAUCUUUUCUUCACGUGCCCGGUGGCUCAGGAGAUUUGGCGCCGCCUUGCUCCUUUAUUUGGUUUCCAGAGAUCCCCCUUUUCCAGUGUAGACCUUUGGGAGGACUGGAUUAGGAUCCCAGCAGCUCCGGCUAGAGACUUGCACAAGUUGGAGGAGUCUAUUUCUGCGGUCAGGCGCUUUAUUCAGUUCUCAGGUCCUUCUUCCAGUGAGGAGCAGGUUCCUGACGUGCAUGAUGAUAUCUCGGGCUAUACGUUGCUCCUGAUGUGCUGUCUGGUCUAG